AUGGGUGCCAGGGGCGCUCCUUCACGCCGGAGGCUGGCGGGGCGGCGGCUGCGAUACCUGCCCACCGGGAGCUUUCCCUUUCUCCUCCUCCUGCUGCUGCUCUGCAUCCAGCUCGGGGGAGGACAGAAGAAAAAAGAGAAUCUUUUAGCUGAAAAAGUAGAACAGCUGAUGGAAUGGAGUUCCAGGCGCUCAAUCUUCCGAAUGAAUGGCGAUAAAUUCCGAAAAUUUAUAAAGGCACCACCUCGAAACUAUUCUAUGAUUGUUAUGUUCACUGCUCUUCAGCCUCAACGGCAGUGUUCUGUGUGCAGGCAAGCUAAUGAAGAAUAUCAAAUACUGGCUAACUCCUGGCGCUAUUCGUCUGCUUUCUGUAACAAACUCUUCUUCAGUAUGGUGGACUAUGAUGAGGGGACAGAUGUUUUUCAACAGCUCAACAUGAACUCUGCUCCCACGUUCAUGCAUUUUCCUCCAAAAGGGAGACCCAAGAGAGCUGAUACUUUUGACCUUCAAAGAAUUGGAUUUGCAGCUGAACAACUAGCAAAGUGGAUUGCUGACAGAACGGAUGUUCAUAUUCGAGUCUUUAGACCACCCAACUACUCCGGCACCAUUGCUUUGGCCCUGUUAGUGUCACUUGUUGGCGGUUUGCUCUAUUUAAGAAGAAACAACUUGGAAUUCAUCUAUAACAAGACUGGUUGGGCCAUGGUAUCUCUGUGUAUAGUCUUUGCUAUGACUUCUGGCCAGAUGUGGAAUCAUAUCCGUGGACCUCCGUAUGCUCAUAAGAACCCACACAAUGGACAAGUGAGCUACAUUCAUGGAAGCAGCCAGGCUCAGUUCGUGGCAGAGUCACACAUUAUUCUGGUAUUAAAUGCUGCUAUCACCAUGGGGAUGGUUCUUCUAAAUGAAGCAGCAACAUCCAAGGGAGAUGUUGGAAAAAGACGGAUAAUUUGCCUAGUGGGAUUAGGCCUGGUGGUCUUCUUCUUCAGUUUUCUACUUUCAAUAUUUCGUUCCAAAUACCAUGGCUAUCCUUACAGCUUUUUAAUUAAAUGAAGCCAAGUGGGAUUUGCAUAAAGUGAAUGUUUACCAUGAAGAUAAAGUGUUCCUGAGAUAUAUUUUGAAUUCUUGAGUUCAUUUCCACAUUGUGAUAAUCUAGCUUAUUCUUGUGUAAUUUUUUUUAAAUGUGAGUUUUCCUGGUAAAUUUAAGUUACGGAU